GUGCACAUCGUGUGGACGUCGACGCUCUCAACGUUCUACUCGAGUCUUACACCUUCCUUUCUCUACCGCACUCGCCGUUCUCACUAGUUGAGACAUCUGACCAGAAUUGUUCCAAGUUGCACUCUAUAGAGUCACCAAUUAGUAACAGCGGGCGACCAGCUUCUGUUAAAUAAUACUUCCAUGGCUUCAUCGCCACAGUUCUCACUUUCUUUCUCCCUAUCUUCCUCGAGCUCUGCCAAUGCUCCAAAGAAGCAGAGUCCUGCUCACUUACCACUGCCGUCAUCAAACUUCAGCGCUGCCCCCGUACAGCGCCUUCAGGACAGCGUGCAGGCUCUUCAAAGGUCUGCAAGCUUGGGUUCAAAAUCAGCAAGUCUACACAAUCGUUCCAUAUCUAAUGCUGCUACUCUCAAACCAGCUUUUUUGCCUCGUGGUCCCCGAGACUAUCCCUUGUCAUCUCCUCCGACUGUUACCACUUUUCAGCUACCUCAAAUCCCAAUUCCAAGUACAACUCAUGCAGGUGGCAUCCUACCCUCCUCCUCAUUCUUUCACCCUUCUAGACCAGUCCAUUCUCGCCCUUCAUCAUCCAUAUCCUUGACCUCUAAUGAUAUCCUUCCUAAUUUCCAUUCGGCUCCCCUCGAUCAACACCCUUUAUCUAGCUUGACUACCCGUAUCUCUCACGAAUCUGACCUGAGGAGCUAUGGCGAUCCUGCUUCCAUAAGAGACACAAAUGGUCAACUAUCUAAGCGGCUAAAGCAAAGUCGUGAACCUCUACUUCCCCUUAACAACAAGCACGUCGUUGCAAGUGCUAGCGCUCCCGUUCGCACUUCCAUGCACUUAGAUCCUUCUUACAAGAUAACUAGUACAAAUCGAAUGCGAACCAGUUUCGAACGCAUGUUCCGCGGUCUCAGCUUCGAUAGCAUACGGAGAUCUAGUAGUAGCCUCGGCCAUACUAUGAGUCCUCGCUUAUCUUAUGCAGAAGAGCAGCCACCUGUCGAUAACUUAUCACCCCCUCCACACCGUGUAAAAUCUUCUCCUUCUCCGCCACUCAUUCGCAUUGCUUCUAGCAACUCUCGAUCAUUCUCUCCAACUCCAAACCACGUCUUUAUAUCAGUCCCUCCUGAUAAUCAUGUGCCACUCUCUGCGAUGCCCAGUGUUCCUAUGCAACGCGUAUACCAGCGACAUCCUUCAAAUAAUCGAUUCUUUUGCAGCGGCCGGCUGCUUACAGGUGGUGAUUCUCCUUGGGCUUUCAUUGCGUCUCUCACACUCGUGCUUGGUCUAUCUGGCGUCUGGUUUGGAACAACAUGUGUAUGGUAUUGGCAUAAUGCAAGUCCCGCUAUCGCGGCAGUGGGAGCAUACAUGACCUUGUUGACUGUAUCCUGCAUGCUGACCACGGCCUGUCGUGAUCCUGGCAUCUUACCUCGCAAUUUAGACCCAGAUCCGCCUUUUCCUCCUACGUCACCUUCAGAUGAUGCUGUCAGGCAACCUUUGCCUCGGGAUCUCAAAGUACGUGAUGAGAGUGUGCAUACCAAGUACUGCUUGACGUGCAAAACGUAUCGCCCACCUCGCUCUAGCCAUUGCAAAAUGUGCGAUAACUGUGUCGAUGGGUGUGAUCACCAUUGUCAGUGGGUGAACAACUGUGUUGGACGGCGCAAUUACACCUUUUUCUUUGCGUUCCUGGUGUCUGCUGUGUUGACCCUAUGCCUCGUAAUCUGCACAUCCGCCCUACACCUCUAUCUUCUUACUCGCCGAGAUGGUAUCAAAUUCAGUAGUGCGUUGAGGGAAGGCGCAGGCAGUGCUGUGGCAUUCUCGUUGGCUAUCACUGUUGUAUGGCCAGUCAUGGCCCUCCUCGUCUAUCACAUGAGGCUAUUAUUGCUAAACAUUACUACUAUUGAACAAAUCAGAAACCAAGCGCACAAAUCUCUUGUACCAGGUCCCGCACCUCCCAACCCAUUUUCAUAUGGCUCAUGGCGACACAACCUCAUGGAAGUGUUGUGCCGACCAGCAGGAUUUUCAUGGCUCGAUGCUCAUGCUCCUGUUACUGAAGAUAAGCGGCGGAUAAACCCUGGUCUUGAGGAUGCUUGCCCGAGGUGGGAAGAGACAGACACUAGAAGAGCUGGGGAAGCGAUUUGAAAUUGGAAUUACUUGGAUCCCUUGCAAUUCGAUUUUUGACUUGCGCUGCGCUUCCAAAUGUUGGAAAACCGGGGUGACAUGAUACACCUUGAGUGUGAGCAAACUAUGAAUGGUGCGAAAGGAGGAUUUUUGACCGCGGAGGUCAUUAUGAAAAGUUGGUUGAACGUGGAUUCAUGUGAACUUUUAA